CACAAACAAAACAUCAUCAGCAGAAUCUCCAUUGCAAUAAAAAAAUAAAAAAUAAAAAAUAAAAAAAAGCAAACCUGAAGAACUAUGAAGAAGAUGAAGACAGCAACACUAGCCUGCAUUCUUUGCCUGUUCUUCAUCCCAAACCUUUCUUCCUCAGAAAAAUGCAAUCCCGACGACAAGAAAGUCCUCCUCUCAAUCAAACAGGCCUUCAACAAUCCCUACCACUUAGCCUCAUGGGAUCCAAAAACCGAUUGCUGCACAUGGUACGUCGUCGAAUGCGAUCUCCAGACCCACCGGAUCAGCCAAUUCCAUCUCUUCGCAGCCGAUAUCUCCGGCCAAAUUCCGCCGGCCAUCGCAGAUCUCCCCUACUUAAAAUCCCUCAUGUUCCAUAAGAUAGCUAACCUGACCGGCACGAUCCCGCCCGCUCUCGUCAAGCUUACCCGCCUCCAAUCGCUCACUAUAAGCUGGACUAACAUAUCCGGACCAAUCCCGUCGUUCCUUGGCAAUAUGACGACCUUGACGUCUCUCGAUUUGUCGUUCAACAGCUUCAGCGGCUCGAUCCCGCCGUCGCUCGCUCGGCUUAGGAACCUGUCGGGAAUGAGGUUGGAUCGGAACAGGCUGACGGGAAGCAUCCCUGACUCGUUCGGGGACUUGAGUCCGAAUCUUCAGUAUUUGUACUUGUCUCAUAAUCAGAUUUCCGGCAUGAUUCCGCAUGGUUGGGGGGGAUUGAAUUUCACGUUGAUCGAACUGCAGCGCAAUCGGCUCGAAGGGGACAUUUCAAUCCUGUUCGGGGAGAACAAGACUAUUCAGAUUGCGGAUUUCUCGAGGAACAUGCUGGAGUUUGAUAUCUCGAAUGUGAAGUUUCCUGACAGCCUGUCGACGCUGGAUUUAAACCAUAACCGGAUCACGGGAAGGCUGCCGGAGGGAUUGGCGAAAUCGGAUUUCUUGUUUCUGAAUGUGAGUUAUAACAGGCUGUGUGGACCGAUUCCCGUCGGCGGAAGCUUGCAGAAGCUCGAGUACACCUCGUUUUUCCAUAACAAGUGCUUGUGCGGUGCGCCAUUGCCUGAGUGCAAAUGAUUCGAUGUUCAAACAGAAAUGUGGAAUGAUAAAGAUGUAAUCUUGAAAUAAAUAUUGUACCUUUUUUGUCGAAUUUCUGGUCUUGGAAUCGAGUACCAUUGGGAGUUCGACGUCUGUGAAUCUAUGUCUCUGUCCCUGCAA